AUGGAGGUCCACAAGGGACGAAAAAUAUCCCAGAUUGGAGGAGAUGAAUGGAGUGGUUUCAUCGCCCACAUGCAUCUCACUAGGGGUGAACUUACGAGCUUCUCCUUCAGAAGACAAACUCCAAGGCUGGCUGUUAUCUACAUCAAUUGGGAGGACGAAGAUGAUGACCCACGUGAUGAAGCCCUCAAGGCCAAAGGAACCAGGCUAAGCGAGGACGAAUCAGACAACCUCUGGUACAUACUUCCUCCACAUGAUGACUACGUCGGGAUGCCAUUCGUGACCCACCUGACAAGGACAAAUGUUGACCGACAUGUCAUGCUUACCGCAAGGGGCUCCACCACGAACUGUGCUUACGCAUUGGACAAGGACGGUCGCACUGUGUUUAGCGCCGCGGGAUGGAACAACUUCCUUGCUGGAAAGAAUCUCCAGGUUGGACAUGCCAUCUUAGUCACCAUCAGGAACACCCGACGCCAUGCCUUGAGGAUGAUGGUGGUCAUCAACCUCAUUUAG